AUGAUGCAAACCUCGUGGCACCGCCUGAUCCGCUUCAUUGCCGCCCAAGACGGACGGGAGCACUACGGCCAGCCGGUCGACGACGACCUCGACGUCGGCCAGGCCUACCACGAGCGCGCCUCGAUCCGCGUGCGGCCCCUGGUGGGCUCCCCCUUUUCCGCCUCGGCCACGCUGUCGCCCGACGUGGUGCUGACGGUGCAGACGCUCCUCUGCCCGCUGCCGCCCAACGAGGUGCGCACCAUCCGCGGCCUCGGCGCCAACUUCAUCCAGCCGGGCCAGGACCGCAUCGACGCCCUCUCGAAGCGCACCCCCAUCCCCAUCGUCUUUUACAAGCCCCUCACCACCAUCUCGUCGCCCUCGACCCCCAUCGUCAUCCCGCCCUGCGCGGCAGACGAGUCCGACUACGAGGCCGAACUCGUCGUCGUCGUGUCGCGCACCUGCAAGGACGUCUCCCCCGCCAACGCCCUCCAACACGUCCUCGGCUACACCCUCUCCAACGACGUCACCGCCCGCUCCAGGAUGAAGGCCGCCAGCCAGUGGGGCCUCUGCAAAAGCUUCGACACCUGGUUCCCCUUUGGCCCCGUCCUCGUAUCCGCCUCCCACCGCCUCGGCAUCUCCAACCCGGACAACGUACACCUCCAGCUCCACCUCAACGGCAACCUUCUCCAGGACGGCAACACCGCAGACAUGCUCUGGAAGGUCGCAGAGACCGUCAGCGAGCUCAGCAAGGGCACCACCCUCGAGGCCGGCAGCCUCAUCAGCAUGGGCACGCCGCCGGGCGAGGGCUUCAAGCGUUCGCCGCCCGUCUUUCUCAGGGACGGCGAUUUGGCCGUCGUAAAAGGCAGCAACGGUCUCGGCAGCCUCAUCAACCCCGUACAGGCACAGAUCCAGCCCGCCCUGCCAAAGCCCCGGCUCUGA